AUGGCAUCAUUACUGUCUCUCCCACUGGAGGUUUUGCAACAGGUCUUAGCCGAACUCGCCGACAACCCACCAGAACCACCUAGUUUGGAGUUUUACGUCCCUCCUUUCAACUCCAACCCAACGUCGGCUAUACUCUGCCAGACAUGCCGCUGUCUCCGUGAGAUUGCUGAGCCGGUCCUUCACCGACACAUUUACAUUCCAAAUGCGAGUGUAAAGAAGUUCAUAUCACUGUUCAAGUGUUGGAAAGCACGGCCUCACUGCGCUCAGUACACCCGAAGACUCACAAUUGAGGCAAGAUCACAACGCCUUGAAGGGUAUUCCCACCGUGCAGUAACGCGUCUCAUUGAUCUUGAAGAUGCCGAUUUCGUUUCUGGCAUCAUCCAAGAUGUAGGUCUCGAGAUACGAACCGAUUGGUACGAGUAUGACUGGAACAUCAACGUCUUUGUGGAAGUCGCCAUGUUACUGGCACAGAACGCCGAAUCCGUUGAGUUGAUGUUUGAACCCAAACGCGGCGUUUAUCGACAACCCUUUGACAUGAUCCCCGAGCCGAACAAGACAACUAAGCCAAUCCUCUUCAAUAAUCUUCGACACCUUCACUUGAUGCAACCAGGCCUCAGUACUAUGGACGAGUUCAAGUCUAUUUUGCACUGCGCGCCAAACCUUCAAGGACUUCGGCUUGAUCUUUGCGACGACCCUAUGUCCGUUUUCACCCUUCCGCCGAACCUCACCAGUCUCAUUCUACGGCGUACCAAUCUCAGUGCACGGCACUUCCAAUCGAUGACCUCGAACUUUACCAUGCUGCGCCAUCUAGAGCUUGUUUUUAAUGGCUUCUCACGAGAAGCAUCCAUCAUGGAGGCCAUUGCAAAGCAUCGUAACACUCUGACGAGUCUCAUAUUGAUAUCUGGCAAGAUUCUUCCCUUUGCAAAGCUGAAGAGUCUCCACAAACUCGAAUCUCUUACCAUGAGCAUCGAGACUGUGCGGCCCGAGGAUUUGUUGGGUUCGCUUCCAUCUUCUUUGCGCGAGUUACGCAUUCUGGAAGAAACGGAUGGCGGGACUGCACAUCGACCUGAAAUAUGGUUCGAAGAUUUCAACGCCGACUUGGAUGCGCGGUCGGAAACCCUGCCUCAAGAUAUGGUCAUCUAUAGGAGUUCAUAUUCCAGGGGCAUCAAGUCUGCGCUUACUCUCACCUCCUUCAGCAGGGAUUGCGUACUUUGGCGGGAGAUGAGUGAAUGCAGACAGUGA